UGCGUGUGGUAAGAAGAAAGACUCCCGCCGCGUCCACAUCAUCAGCGCGAGCAGAUCCGGGUGCCAGCGCCAGAAGCAGGGUUUGUCCCCGGACACGAGGAUGGCAGAAAAACGGCGAGCUAAGAAACGCAAGGAUGAGUACACGGGCCCGGGCGGGGCAGAUCCAGAGAUCGAGAAGGCCUCGAAGGACGAGUAUAAGGUAGCGAAAUGGCUCAAGUCGAAUGUUCCAACGAAAAAGACCAAGUUUCUCAACCACAACGUGGAAUACUUCUCCGGUGUAAAAGCCGUAGACGCGCUGUUGGCUUCCAAGUUUGCGCAGGGCGAUGGGUGCCUGUUUCCGCAUCGCCAGGCCGUGAUCGAUUUUCUCGGCGAUAUGCUGUUCCAUAAGUUUUACCACCGUGCUCGGAAGGUACCGGUAAGCGAACACGAACUACGGGGCAGCAAGAGCAGCAAAAAGCAACAGAUCAGCACAACAGCGUCCGAAUCGACGAAGGAUGAAGGCCGUGGGACGGAUGCGGAAAAUAGCCACGCCGAGGGUGGCAAGGGAGCUGCUGAACUGGCCGCAGAAAAUGCCAAGCGAAAACGCAAGAUACGGCUCGAAAUGCACCCGGAACAGGUGUUUAUCGAUGGGCACGAGGCGUACGUUUGGCUGUAUGAUCCGAUACCGAUGCACUACUGGAUCUUUGGCGCUCUGCUGGUGGUGGGUGCGAUCGUCAUCUGUCUGUUUCCGCUCUGGCCACCGCUACUGCGCAAGGGUGUCUACUAUCUCAGUAUCGCGGCAGCCGGUUUUCUGGUCUUCAUUCUUGGCCUGGUCGUACUGCGGUGCAUCCUCUUCUGUCUGAUCUGGGUCGUCACCGGUGGUAAGCAUCACUUCUGGCUGCUGCCUAACCUUACCGAGGACGUGGGCUUCUUCGCGUCCUUCUGGCCACUGUACAACCACGAGUACAAGGAUGGUAAAGAGGGCUCUGGCAGUGAAAAGGGAGGCAAAAAGUCUAAAAAGCGAAAGCAAAAGGACAAGGACAGUGGUGGUGAGGAGGAACCUAGUUCAGCCGCCACCGUGCCGCCUACCAUUGAUGAAGUUAAAGAACGGCCAGAAACGGAUCCCUCGGUAAAAGGUGACGCGACAGGGGAAGGAUUGAGGCAUCGCGGUGGUAAGUCCUCGCCAAAACAACAACAGGAACCAGUACCAUCGGCAGCUGUGCCAGCCACAACCGUGCUUACGGCAACAGAUGAGGAACCUACGGACGAGGAGAAAAACUCGGAGGGCACACCAUCUGAAAGUGAUUCGGAAGGUUCACAGCGAUCGUCAACGGGAAAGGACUUUGAGAUGGUGGAUCCAGAUGAGGAGGACAUUUCGUAAACUGGAAUCCCAAAUCGACACAUUGAGGCAAAACUCGCACUCGCAAUUAUUUGACAAAACCCCCUAGAACGCUCACCAUCACACCGACCAUUUCGCAUCGAUCGAAUUGACUCCGUACGAAUAUGUUUGCUGCUAUCGUCGCCACAAAAACUCUACUAAUUCCUGUUUCCGAGAAGAUAGUUGGUACAACGUCUCGUUGGCAAUGACUUUUUACCGUUGAUUCGUCCGUGAUCACCUCGAUAGUUCUUAUGAGAAAGUCAGCCGCAACUUCAACUAAUUUUACUGCAUUCACCCAACGAUUUGUGAUUAGAGCUGGUACCAGCAGAACUUGACUCUUUUAUAAAAGGGAUUUGUUAGACAGUUUGACCUGAUAAGAUAAAUUGACACGCGUCAUGGAUUACGCAUGGAUUGUGGUCGAUGAAUCUGAUGAGCAAGAGCAUUUGUCUAGGUAAUAGCAAAGAUAAAGAGUUAAAAUUGUCAAAAAUCUAAUGUACAACCUAGCUACGCGUCCAUGCCACCCUGGUAUGAGUUGAACUUCUUCUCCAUUAUCAACGUACGUUAUCGCUGGUCGCGAGCGAGCUAGACGAAAUCGAUGGCGACGGUACCGAACGGAAACUGAAGAAGCGCAACGCGCAAACGGACACAACGAGCAAAGAAGAGUAUCAUAUAGCGCGUCUCUGGCGCUUCAGGCUAUCAGGCCAACCCCUUCCUAACCCUUUCUCCCCUUAAACGCCUGACGGAUCGUGGUGACGCAGAGGCGUUUACUGAAGCGGCGAGUCGCCGCAUCAAAUCAUUGUAAAAGAGUAGAGAACAGUGAUCAGACCGAUACGAUGGGCAACCUUCGUCCGGCGAUGGUUACAGUUUGCCAGCUAAUGCAGUGCGUGUAAUGUAUUACGAAUUUGAUAGCAAUUCUCUAAUUUAUAUCCCCGUAAGGCAAACCCCGCCAGCAAUCUUAAUUUAUAUUUAACCCAAUGUUUGUGUAGUGCGCAAUGAAGUCUGGUGGCAAUAGGCACCGGAUAGGCCGUAGAAGUAGUAGCUCCUCGUGCUGCAGCCUGCCUAUGCUGUGUCGUGGCGCUUUUAAGCCAGUUUGCCGCAUACAGCAAACAUCAUCAAUAGAAACAAACACUAUAACAUCAAAAUCGAAGUGCAAAAACUAAGUGUGCAAGUGACGAGGAAUCUAGGAAGAAGAAAGGUAAGAAAACAGAAAAGAAUCCGAAGAAUGUUUUUUUUGUUAGUGUGCAAGUUAGGUACGGUUAUAUUCAAUAAACUUUAUGGUAUGAAAA